CUAGUAUAGGCCAGUAAUUAAAUCCUUCUGCUCACGGGAAAAUCCUUUCUCCUCUGCUCUGCUCUGCUCUCUCCCCCCAUCUCUUGCGGCAGAAGCAAAGCGCGGCGAGGCGAGGCGAGGCGAGCGUGCGGCGGCGAGAUGGACGGAGGCGGCGAGGAAGGGAAGCAGCAGCCGCAGCUGGUGCUGGCGCACAAGCUGUUCCUCCUCUCGCAGCCAGACGUGGACGACCUCGCCAAGGUCGGCCUCCGCGAUGACGUCCUCGCCGCAGUGAAAUCCGAUGACAUGGCGGCGCUGUACGAGUCGCUGGCGGCCGAAGGCGUGCUGGAGAUGGACGCGGCGCUGCUCGCGGAGAUGCGCGGCCGGAUCGAGGAGGAGACCAAGAAGUUCGACGAGAAGAUCGCGGAUGCUGAAGAGAAUUUGGGUGAGAGUGAAGUGCGUGAAGCCCAUCUAGCCAAAUCCUUGUACUUCAUAAGGGUUGGCGAGAAGGAAAAAGCGCUGGAGCAGCUUAAAGUUACUGAAGGCAAAACUGUAGCUGUGGGGCAGAAGAUGGAUCUUGUUUUCUACACUUUACAGAUUGGCCUUUUCCAUAUGGACUUUGAUCUCAUCUCCAAGUCCGUUGACAAGGCCAAAAUCUUGUUUGAAGAGGGUGGUGAUUGGGAGAGGAAGAACAGAUUGAAAGUGUACGAAGGCUUGUACUGCAUGGCCACUAGAAAUUUCAAGAAGGCUACUAGCUUAUUUUUGGAUUCCGUUUCAACUUUCACAACUUAUGAGUUGUUCCCCUAUGAUACCUUCAUCUUUUACACGGUCCUUACAAGUGUUAUCACAUUGGACCGCGUAUCACUGAAACAAAAGGUUGUAGACGCACCUGAGAUCCUGGCUGUAAUUGGCAAAGUACCUCACCUCUCGGAGUUUCUCAAUUCCCUCUACGAUUGCCAGUACAAGUCAUUUUUUGUGGCAUUCUCUGGCCUGACGGAGCAGAUCAAGUUAGACCGAUACUUGCAACCACAUUUCCGCUACUUCAUGCGUGAAGUGCGCACUGUUGUCUAUUCACAGUUCCUUGAGUCAUACAAGAGUGUGACGAUGGAAGCAAUGGCUGCCUCAUUUGGUGUGACAGUUGAUUUCAUAGACCAGGAAUUGUCGCGCUUUAUUGCUGCUGGGAAACUUCACUGCAAGAUUGAUAAGGUUGCUGGUGUCCUGGAGACGAACCGACCUGAUGCACGUAAUGCCUUCUACCAGUCGACCAUCAAGCAAGGAGACUUCCUGCUGAAUCGCAUACAGAAGCUGUCGCGAGUCAUUGACCUGUAGGCUUUCUUUGUGAGGUUUGGAGCAGCUCCUUGGACAACCCUACCUUACUCAAGCUUCCCUUACAAGACUUUGCUUUGGCUCCUGCGGAGUACUGGCAGUAUUGCAUUUUGCGUUUCAAAUCGGUCAAAGGGAAAGAGGGGUAGGUUUUUUCUUUUCAAUCUGAGGAUUUGACUUGUAAUCUAACUAUAUGGGUCGAGGGAAUUGCAGACCAUUGUUUGUAGAUGGUUGUUUCCACGAUGAAUUCGUCCAUUUUUUAUUACAAUUUUA